AUGGGCUCUCGCAGCCGCUCGCGCGAGCCAGUGCCCGCUGCACUCCUGGAUGGUCACACGAUGAUGGCUCACUUCAGGGAGAUGCUGCGUUCAGAGAUCAAAGAGCCGAUGGCGAAGGACUUUGCGGAUGUGAAGACAUCGAUCGACAACGUGCGCAGGGAUGUCGAGAGGCACGAGGGCCGCCCCAACAGCAUGGAGCAGGAGCUCAAAGACCUUCGCGAGGGACGCUCGGUGGCACCAUCCACGGCUGCGUCUUCGGUCGGGCCUCCGCUGCGUUUCUCCGGGCUCGAGAGUGCGGCACGGUCGGCUCCGUCGGGGCCAAAGAAAGCGAGCGACAAGAUUUGCGUGACCAUCGGCGGCUGGGAUCGGGACACGCGACGCGAUACCAUCCCGAGCGAGGCUCGCGCUUUCACCGACACGAUUCCCGACAAGGCAGAGGAUGGAGUGUUCGUCCCGCUCGAGCGUGCGAGCUUCUUGAAGGUGAUUCGGCUCUCUAUGAUGAUCACGCGUGCGAAGAAGGAGAUGAUCGACAACCUCGGCGUGCAGACGGCCGACCUGGAGCUGGACUACAUUCGAGGCGUCGCCUGGUGGAAGCAGCACAGGUUUGGCAAAACGGUGAAGACCACGGGCCUCAUGAGUUUCAGGGAGAACGUCGCGGCCGAGAUCAGCACCUACACGGGCGCGGACCUGAACCCAGUCGAGUUCCAGGCGAAAGCCAACGCGGGGCAGCGACUGGACAGGGAGCGAACUCUAGAGGAACCCGCGGAGCAGAUGGGCUUCAAGUUCACCAGUUGGGACGCUCAGGGGAUCGGAAAGCACAGCGCAGAGUUCUUUGCGCAGACGCUGCGCGAGCAGCACGACUACGAUUUGGCCAUCUUCCAGGAGGUAGGACACUCUCGCAGCCAGCGCGAGGACUCCAUGGACGAGCUCUCCGACUUGAUCACCGUGGCGCCGUCUGGGGCGCAUCCGAUCGUGGGCGCGGCGCGCUGGGUCGGGGACUUCCCAGUCGGUCAGCGCACCCGCCGCGCCGACCUGUUGGCGCGGCUUCUCAUGCAGCGCGACCUCGCGGCGACGAACACGUUCAUUGCGGCGGCCAGCGGGCCCACCUGCCACUGCGACUUCAAGUGCCCGCCAUCCCAGAUCGACUAUGUCCUGACCCCUGCUCGCGACAUCUGGAAGGUCAGCACCGCGCUCGAGGAUAUCGCCGACUGCGCGCAGUCCGACCACUCGGCCAUCAAGCUGGAGCUCACCCUCGGCGCCAGGAGGCGCUACGUCUGGAACGGAGGCCGUGCGCCCAUGAAGGGCUGGACUUGCCUCGACAACCGCUUCCAGCGCUGGAGCCACAACGCCUGCUACGCCGACCGCAACCCAGUGCCAAUCACGUCUAUGAUGGGCGCGGUGCGCAUGGCUGCCGCAGCCCGCGGCAGGGGCCCGCCAGCGCGGGAGGCCCCCAAGCUCCCCGAGAGCCACGAGUUCACGCAGACGCUGCGGACGUUGGAGGCGCGUCGGCGGGCCACCCGCGACCGCGUGCAGCGCGCGAUCUACAGCAGGGACAUCAAGAUCAGGGCCGCGAACAGGGCCCUGCAGCACGACUUACACGAGGCUGGCAACCCUCGAGAACUUUUGGAGCGCGAGUGCGGCAACGCCUUCAGGACCAGCGACGGGGAGGGGCCUGAGGACGCGCUAGACAUCCCGCCCUUGCCCCGCGAGGCUCUGGACGACAUGGAGGCCAUGAAGGCGCCUGGCGUGGGCGGGGUGGUCGCCGAGGUCGCGCAGGCCCUCGACUCGGGCUUCCUCGCCUCGCUCGCGGCCGUCUUCGAGAGCCGCUUCCGCGGGGUGCCAGAGCAUGCCAGGGAUCAAGUCUGGUCGAAGCACAUCAUCCAGCCCAUGGAGAAGAAGGGAGACAAGCACACGCUCAAGGGGUACAGGCCAAUCGCGCUCCUGACCACCUUCGAGAAGCUCUAG